AUGACGCUGCGGCUCUUAGAGGACUGGUGCCGAGGGAUGGACAUGAACCCCCGCAAAGCGCUGCUGGUCGCCGGCAUCCCCCCUACCUGCAACGAAGCCGAGAUCCAGGAGGCUCUGCAGGCGGGCUUAGCGUCCCUGGGCCCGCACCGCCUCCUCGGGAGGAUGUUCCGGAGGGACGAGAACAGGGUUGUGGCCCUGAUAGGACUGACACAGGAGACUAGUCUUGCUGUGGUCCCUAAGGAGAUCCCGGGGAAUGGGGGUGCCUGGCGAGUGAUUUUUAAGCCCCCUGACCCAGAUAAUGAAUUUUUAAGCCGAUUAAAUGAAUUCUUAGAGGGAGAGGGCCUAACCGUGGCUGAGUUUACCAAAGCUCUUGGGUAUGGGAACGACCCAUUUGACCUAGAGCCGAAUUUAGCCCCACAGGUGGGGACCCCUAUGUUGGCAGAGGCUUUAGACGAGGCUCUUCAGCCUGCCCUGCAGUACCUAAAAUACAGAAAGCUGAAAGUCUUCUCCGGCAACAAUCCUCCUGAACCUGGAGAAGAAGGCUUCGAUUCCUGGCUGUUGCAUACCACUCAUAUGAUGAAGGCCUGGCAGGUGUCAGAUGCUGAGAAAAGGAGGCGCUUGCUGGAGUGCCUGCGAAGCCCCGCAUUUGACGUAAUCCGGGUCCUCAAGAUAAACAAUCCUUUAAUCACAGUCCCUGAAUGCCUACAGGCACUUGAACAGGUGUUUGGCGUUAUCGAUAACCCUAGGGAGUUGCAGGUUAAAUUUCUAACCACUUACCAGAACCCUAAUGAAAAGUUAACAGCUUACGCGCUGAGGCUGGAGCCUUUAAUACAGAAGCUGGUAGAGAGGGGAGCCUUAGAGAAAGAAGUCGUGAAUCAGGCCCGCCUAGACCAGAUCCUUGCUGGGGCCGAGGACAGAGCGCUUCGUAGGAGACUUGAUCUACCAGCGGGCCCGGCGCCUGGCCUGCUACAGUUACUGACACUGCUGAAGGAAGACGAGACAGCUGAGGAGGAGGAAGAGGACUCUCUUGAGGAUGGAUCAGUGGAGACUUUGACCUGA